AUGAGAUGCACCCAGUGUUUGGCGCACGUAAUACAGAAAUCGAACUCAACGUGAAAAUGGCACUGCACAAACUCAGCAAGGAAGAAACUCUCGCGAUGAGGAUGAGAUUAAUCGGGCAAUCAUGUCGACUCUUUUACUCAGGCGACCCUGUGAAAAUAGUAAGAGCAAGAGGACAAUAUCUGUUCGAUGAAAAUGGUGAGCGCUAUCUGGACUGCAUCAGUAACGUUCAUCAUGUUGGCCAUUGUCACCCCAGCAUUACAAAGGCUGCAGCAGCACAGAUGGACCUCCUGAACACAAAUUCACGGUUCCUGCACGACAACAUAGUCCUGUACGCAGACCGCCUGGCUGCCACCCUGCCUGAGAAACUGAGUGUCUUCUACUUUGUUAACUCUGGAUCAGAGGCCAAUGAUCUUGCUCUGCGCUUGGCACAGCAAUACACCCAGCACCAGGAUGUCAUUGUGCUCGACCAUGCAUACCAUGGACAUCUAAUGUCCCUCAUCGACAUUAGUCCUUACAAGUUCCGGAAACUGGCGGGACAAAAAGAAUGGGUUCAUGUGGCACCCUUGCCGGACGUCUACAGAGGCAUAUACAGAGAGAAUCAUCCUGACCCGGGACAAGCAUAUGCAGAUACAGUAAAAGACCUUAUAGAGGAGGUGCACAGGAAAGGUCGUAAGAUCUCUGCCUUCUUUGCUGAAUCAUUGCCAAGUGUUGGAGGGCAAAUCAUCUUGCCCACAGGGUACUCAGCUAAAGUUGCAGAAUACGUGCGCUCAGCCGGUGGAGUGUUUGUGGCAGAUGAGGUGCAGACAGGCUUUGGACGUAUGGGGAGUCACUUCUGGGCUUUCCAGCUGCAAGGGGAGGGUUUCUGUCCCGACAUAGUGACCAUGGGCAAACCGAUGGGCAAUGGGCAUCCGCUGGCAUGUGUGGCCACCACUGUAGAGAUAGCCGGAGCUUUCACAGCCAACGGUGUGGAGUACUUCAACACGUUUGGAGGGAACCCAGUGUCCUGUGCAAUAGGCCUGGCAGUUCUGGAUGUGAUAGAGAAAGAAGACCUCAGAGGAAACGCCACAAGGGUAGGAGGGCAUCUUAAAGAUUUGCUCACGAAGCUACAAACACGACAUCAACUCAUUGGCGAUGUCAGAGGUGCAGGGCUGUUUGUGGGCCUUGAACUGGUUACAGACAGGGAGAAGAGGAGUCCUGCCACAGAAACAGCAGCACUGGUGGUGAAGAGGUUGAAAGAGGAGGAUAAAAUCUGUGUCAGUACAGAUGGCCCCUGGGAAAACAUCUUGAAGUUCAAACCGCCUAUGUGCUUCAGUAUCGAGGACGCAGAAGUGGUGGUACAAUGUAUUGACCGCAUCCUCACAGACAUUGAAGCCAGUGGAAUUAAACUGGAAAAGGAAGACAUCUAAGGUAUCACGCAAGUGGAACGAGGAGAUGCAGUCACCUCACUGAUGAAACCACGACAACUGGUUAACAUAUUUAAAGCAAUGCAAGCUACAGCGUGUCAUUCGAACUGGGAGAUGGACAGUAUACAUGAUAAAGCUAAAGCUGCUUACACUUUUUUUUAAAUGAAUAAAGUUAACACUUUAAAAUCC